CGUUUCCGAAGCCUGGCUGGAGUGUUCGGGUCUUUCCGGAUGAGUUCGGCGACUUCCGUGACCCCGCCCGGGACUCUUCCUCCUGCCGAAGGCGGAGCGGAGGAAAAUGCCUCGAGUUACUUUCGCAGCGAUGGGACAAACCCGGAUCUGAGCCAAAGCAGGAUGUCCGAGCCGCUGCCUUUAUCCUACGUGACGGCCCAAGAGAUGCGCUGCCUCCUCCAUUGGCUGUCCAGCUGGACUCCGGCCCAACGGGAACGCUUCCUCCGAGACCUGGUGGACAAGGCCGUCCCCUGGAAGCUCCUCCCCCUGCUGGAGAGCCUCUCCGGGCUCCGCGUGGGACCUGAGAAGCCCCCGUCCAUCUACGAAUGCCAGAUGCGCCUCUGGGACCAGUGGUUUCGCAGCUGGUCGGAAACUGAACGCAACGAGUUUGUCCGGCAGAUGGAAGAGGAGAUGCCGGAGUUGGCCGGAAGGUUUUACCAAGAAGUGGCCGCCACUGCCGGACAAGACUAAAAGCGGGCCGUGGCUUUCUCCCUUCCAUCCCCCUUUUUUCCCCCCUCCACUUUGGGUCUUGAUUUUUCUGGAUGUCUUCAGCCAGCUGAGCCAAAAGGCCUUUCCGUGUUGCAACCCUGAAUAAUAUGAAAAUAAAAGAUUGUUUAGCAAAUAGAA